CAAGCGUCACGCCCUGUCUCGCGUGAUGAGACUUCCGACAUCGGGAUUUACAAAGGAGCUGGAAAUUAAUUGUUUUGUGGGACGUUUAAGCAACGAUCAGGGACUGCGGUUUUUGUUAAGAAAAUCGGGGCUGUCCAGCGAAAAGAGGAACUGUUGGGCGCAAACAAGAAACAAAUUGGAAGUCAGAAUGGAGGAUGAACAGAAUAAUAAAGGUGAAAAGAAAAAUGAAAAGAAAAAAGAUGACUUGAUUGCACAAGAAUUUCAAAACAAUGCAGAUUUUCUUGAUUAUUUGAAAAUGUUUGAAAUACAUAAUGAUGAAGAUGCCUCCUUUAUUUGCAAAAUCGCAAAGAACUUUACCACAGCACUUGUGAGUUAUCAAGAGCAAGAGAAAAAAAUGAAGGCUUCCCAACCAUCUUCAGACAAAAGUAAUCAAGAACACUCCAAGAAACCCUCAGCAGACAAGACCGUAUCUUCCCCCUUAACCUCGUCUUCCAGUGUAUUUAGAGAAACAUCUUCAAAUCCACAAUCAGUUCCCCCUACAAAUGAUGCCACUGAGGUAUUUUUUAACAGUAUCAAGAAUAUGGAAGCAUCUGAGGUGGUUGGUGUGUUCCAGAAAAUUGCUGCUACAAAUCCUGCUUUCAAAGGUAUUGAUAUACCUAGCUUGAUGAAAUACUUACAAGAAACCGGAAAACUGAAAAACUCAUGAUAGCCUUGGGGAAUGAUGUUGAAAAUGUUAUACUUGUUUAGUUAUUAAAUUGGAUUGAUGUCCACUAAGGAGUAAUCUACAUUUGCAUUUAUCUCUGGUUUUUUUUUUUAAUUAAUGGUAAUAGAUCCAUGUUAAACACAACAGCAAUACAAGUGCAUCUCAGAAGUCAAUAGCUGAUAUUCUUACUAUAUUGUGUUACAUAUGAAGAUUUGGCGAAUGUUAAUGCAGAACUCUAUAAUAGGUGCAACAUCUUGCUUCCUUGCACCCUUACCCACACCAACACAACACUGACUUGCAUAAAAUAAAUCACACAUUAAUGGCAAACAUGUUGGCAUACACACUAAAACAAACUGGUAAACUGCAUGCAAAGCAUGUUUAAAACCAAAGGAGAAGGUAAUUAGAGUUUACAUUCAUAAGUUGCACAAUUCAUAGUUACAAAAAAAUCACAAAACAAAUCUUGUUUUGUAGGUGUAAAACAUGGUCAUUUGUAUAAAUUUUUGUAAUUUGUGCAUUUCACUUGAUAAAUUAGCCUUCUGUUACAAUUUUCUACAAAACAUUGUGGGGUUGAUUGCAACAGGAUUCACAACAGUACAGUUUUUCACCUGUUAAUAAAAACUUUCCUGAUUGUUACAAAUGUUCUCAAUUAACUAAUAAAUGUGUUAAACCUGA